GGUUUGUUUACUCCUCUGGUACCUUGGCUUGCCAGGUGAAGCCGUCAAGUAUCAAGCUAUUUUUUCAGAUGCGUGUCUGAUUUUAUUGCUGUAACAAAUGACACCCAUUUUUUUAUGAUUCAAAGAACUACACGCUGUCCGUGAUGACUCGGGAUUUUGUGCUUGGAGAUGAACUUCCCAACUGGGUAGGCGCAAAAGAGUUUCAUCAAAAGUAUGAGCCUAAGGAGGUCAUUGGAAGGGGUGUAAGCAGCGUGGUACGCAGAUGCGUACACAAAUACACGGGACAGGAAUUGGCGGUGAAGGUAAUUGAGAUUACCGCAGAAAAAAUGACUGCCCAACAAUUAGAGGAGGUGAAGAGCUCAACACUGAAGGAGAUCCAUGUUCUCAAUAUGGUGAAAGAGCAUCCGUCAAUUAUCACGCUUAUUGAUUCCUACGAGUCAGCAACCUUCAUCUUUUUAGUAUUUGACCUCAUGAAAAGAGGUGAGCUGUUUGAUUACCUAACAGAAAAGGUCACACUCAGUGAAAAGCAGACCAGGAGUAUGAUGCGUGCUCUUCUGGAGGCUGUCCAGUAUCUCCAUUCCCUCAACAUUGUACACCGGGACCUCAAACCUGAAAACAUUCUUCUGGAUGACCAAGGACACAUCAAACUAUCAGACUUUGGUUUCUCAGUGCAGUUGCAGCCUGGAGAAAAGCUGAGAGAAUUGUGCGGAACUCCAGGAUAUCUUGCACCAGAGAUUCUUAAAUGUUCAAUGGAUGAAACACUUGAUGGAUAUGGGAAAGAGGUUGACCUAUGGGCUUGUGGUGUAAUUCUGUUCACACUUCUUGCGGGGUCCCCGCCCUUCUGGCACCGUAAACAACUACUGAUGCUAAGAAUGAUCAUGGAAGGUCGUUAUCAGUUCAGCUCACCAGAAUGGGAUGACCGGUCUCAUACUAUCAAAGACUUGAUCUCAAGGCUUUUAGUGGUGGAUCCCUCUGCUCGUCUCACAGCGGAGGAAGCCCUAGCACACCCUUUCUUCCGCCAGUACCAAAAGGAGGACGUGUGCCUCUUCAGCUCCAAGAAGACAUUCAGGGUUUUAAUCUUGACUGUGUUGGCCUGUAUCCGCAUGCAGUGUCGCUACCACCGAGCCAGGCCUCUGACACGAGAGCUGCUGGCGCGAGACCCUUACUCAUUACGACCUGUGCGCAAACUGAUUGAUGGCUGUGCAUUCCGCAUAUAUGGACACUGGGUAAAGAAAGGAGAACAGCAGAAUCGGGCUGCUCUUUUCCAGAACAGUACCAAAAUCAUUCUUCUGGAUCUUGAGGACCUAGAGAGCUAGAGUCAUUUUUGUGUUUGUGUGUGUAUGUGUACAUGUUUGUGUGUAAAAAUAUUGCACAUUUGUAUGUUUUAACAAUAUAGUUUUUUUUUUCUUUUUCAAGUUGAUACAAUUCAGGGACUGCUCAUCCAUUCAAAAAUGCACAAAACAGAAUUUAACUAUUUAUUCAAGAUCACUGUGAUAUUAACUGGUGCCUUGUUCAUUGUUACAUGCAAAUCAUCUGACCUCACAUUUACCUUUUUAUUUUUUCUUGACCAAUGUUGUUAAAUUUGUGAAUUAAUCAUUACUUCCCUAAUACUGUUACAUGCAUUUUGGUUAAUUUUAUCACAUUAAGUGUCCUUUUGAUUUUUACAAUGUAGAUUUCUAGAGAUUUCCUUACAGAAAAAUUUGUAAGUAGACAAUAUGAAUAUGAAGUUAUAUUUAUAGUGUGAAACUACAUCCUACAGUUGAUGUAGUUUCUGUUUCUUAAAACAAUAACUUUGCAAUUAAACUAUGCAGUUUGAUUUUAAUCUGUUUUAAUAUCUAACUAAUUCUUCCUUUUCAUCUGUGUUAACCAUACAGCAUAUUUCUAUUACCGAGUACUGUAGUGAUUUGUUCUGAAUUUUAGGAAAAAGUAAAUAUAGCUUAUAUUAUUG